CCCUUUCAUUUUGUGUUAAUAUAAUAACAAUCAUGUUGCUAUUCAAGUCUCAAAAUUCUCGAUUCUUCAUUGCUCCUCCUACCCCAAGUUGCUUUUGAAGCUCACAACCAAAAUUUUGUGAUAUGGGUAUGAACAAGCUUCAUGUGUUGAUGUUGUUAGUGAUCUUGAUUGCUUCAUCGGUGGCAGAGAAACCUCGUGUUGUGGAAGGAAGGACACUUUCCUUAACAUCUCAGUCUCAUCAAGGGUACUCUAAGAUUUUUGCUACGCUUGGAGUUGUUUGCAAGUGUUGUGAUGGGGUUGAAGGUGCCUGCACAAGCACAUGGACAGAACCUUGCCCUAAUUUGCAGUGUUCCCCUUGGAAAUAUCACACAGAAUAGCAGUUUCUUUUAUUUUCCUUGCUUUUAUUUGCUGUAUGAUAUGAUUAAGAAAUAUUAUAGGAAUUAACUCUUUGAUCUGAUUUUGUGUUCUGGAUAGUGUAAAUUUUGUGUAUAUCUGUGCUAAAUUUUGGGGAUGUAUAUUACAAAAGCAGUGAGAAACGAGGUUGACCA